AUUAUCAUCGAAAAUGUUUGAAAAUGGAAAUCCGUGUUCGUCAUUGCUACUUUGUGAUUAAUUGUGUUGUAUUUAUCCAGAAUUUGGAGGCAAAACCGUUUUCUCUAAACGAGGCCAUUGCCGAAGAAGUGCGGGGGAAGCAAUCUUUACAAACGACGCCUCGAUCCAACUCAGCAGACAAAUUUAAAGCUGAAUUAAAAGAGUACCGCUUGCCAGUGUUACCUAGAAACAUAAUUUUUUCGGAGCCCUAUCUAAGAAAAACUACUCCGAAGAAAACACCUUCUGUUCAAUCCAAAAGAAUAUUCAAGGUAAGGACACCUAUAAGACCGAACAGAUUGAAAAGACAACAAAGGUUAUUAAACAAAUUUAGGAACAGAACGACUGAAAGAUCAAUAGAUAGUUAUGAAGCUAUCAAUCACAAAUAUAUCCCGCUCUUUAAGAGUCUCAGCAUUUUGUUUGAUAAUUUUCUUAAUGCUGACGAAAGUGAGUCCUACGAAACCACCGCCAGAUACAAAUACAGAAAGAAUUAUCAAUACACAGAGAAUAAACACGAACCCGAAUGCGCUUGCACAUUUAAUGGAAACAUCGAGGAAACUAAGCCGACCGAAACGACAAUUACUCCUACCACGUCUAUUUCCACUGAGAUCCCGAAUGAACAGAUUGUCGCCUCUGCCGAGGCUACCGCCGCCCCGACCGAUUAUACUACCGCUGGUUACGUCCGCAGUCUCAAACGGUAUAAGAACAUACCCGUAUUACUUGCAAGAAAUACCGCUAGCACUGGGAGAGACGAUAAUGGAGUCCGUGAGGGAAGCGACUCCGCAAUUCACAGAAGCAUUGAAAGAUAUCUCGCCGGGGAUAAUGGAAAUAAUGAAUGUGUUUCCGGAAACGAGGAAAGCGAGUCCGUUGCACAAUAUUAUGAAGAACAUCCCAACAGUGCUCCACGAGACAAUGCAAGUAGCAUUGGAUCCCCUGGAGGAAUAUCCAGAAAUAGAAACGAUACCAGAGAUACAGAAAUUGGAAGAUCUAUCGACAAGAGUAUCAUCACUGCGACAGAAGAAAAUGCCUAUGAAAAACUUAGACGAAACAUCAAUUUAUUUAAAGGACAAAAUAAACUCAAAGCUAGAGAAUACGAAGCAAAAGGCUCAACAGCUAUACCAAACAAUAAUUCAGGAUUACGACGAAAUGCAAACAAAGAGAUACAAGUCACAGAAUCAACUGUUACCGACAAAGAUUGUGAAGAAAGCAACUUCAAUGUCACACUCUUUAGCGCCGGUGAUAAACGAUUCCUUGACGGAAAUGGCGCACAUACCAAAGAAAUUCAAGAAGUUCGUAGAACAAAUGAAGCAGUAACCUCACGGUUUCCGUUUAAUACAAUGGCGCCAGUUAAUAAUAAAGUACCCGUUGUUACUAUUUUUGAUGGGUAUAGUGUAGCUAAAGAUUUUAAUGGCGAAAAUAAAUUGACUGAGAAGGCAAUACUUAUACAAGCAUAGUGUACAGAUACAAAUUUCACCUGUUUAGAUUUAGUGUGACCUGAGUGUAAGAUUAAAACAUUUUUAGA